AUGGCCGCCGCCGCCGCGCUCUGCCAGGCCCUCGCCCCGGCACCGGCGCUGCUCCUCCGCCGCCAGGACCUCGUGCGCCUCCUCUCCACGCAGGCCCAGUCCUCCACGGCCCCCACCAUCAGCCCCGCCGAGCUCGCCCGCAUCAAGAACUCCAUCCGCAGUGCUGACACGCCGCUCGACGAGCUCGCCGCCCUCUUCCUGAAAGGCAUCCCGCACCCGCCCUUCCUCGGCGACCGCUCGAUCUUCUCCCUCGCCGUCUCCCGCCUCACCGCCGCCGCCCACCCCGACCUCGUCUACCGCGUGCUCUCCGCCUCCCUCACCACCCUCCCGGCGCCGCACCCCUCCGAGGGCUUCCUCGUCCGCCUCAUCAUGCUCUACGUCGCCGCAGGCAUGCGCACACACUCCCUCUCCACCUUCCGCCUCGUCGUGCCCCCCUCCGACCGCGCCCUCUCCGCCCUCCUCGCCGCCUACUACGACGCCGACCAGCCCGCCCGCGCCAUCCAGGCCUUCCGCGACCUCCCAGCCAAGCUCUCAAUCAUGCCGGGCAUCGUGUCCCACAACGUGCUCCUCAAGUGCAUGGUCGCCACGGGGGACGUUGCCGGCGCCCGCCAGGUGUUUGACGGAAUGCCCAGUUCGUCAAAUAGAGUAGUUUUUUUAGAAGUUGAAAUAGAGUUUGCUUGUUCGUGGAUGAGUGAGUGGUGA